AUGGCUCCUCAAAUCCCAGAAAUGCAAUGGGCCCAGGUCAUUGAGAAGACUGGCGGUCCUGUUGAGUACAAGCAAAUUCCCGUCCAGAAGCCAGGACCAGAUGAGAUUCUCGUCAAUAUCAAGUAUUCCGGUGUAUGUCACACCGACUUGCACGCUGUGAAUGGAGACUGGCCACUUCCAACCAAGCUUCCACUUGUUGGCGGACACGAAGGUGCUGGCGAAGUCGUGGCCAUGGGCGAACUCGUCCACGACUGGCAGAUUGGCGACUAUGCUGGUGUCAAGUGGAUUAACGGAUCUUGCUUGUCUUGCGACUUCUGCCAGACCUCUGACGAACCUCUGUGCGGCAAGGCCCUCUUGUCUGGCUACACCGUCGAUGGCUCCUUCCAGCAAUACUGCAUUGCCAAGGCAGCACACGCAGCUCGCAUUCCAAAGGAGUGUGACCUUGCCGCGAUCUCUCCCGUGCUGUGCGCCGGUAUCACCGUCUACAAGGGACUGAAGGAGUCAGGAGCCAGGCCAGGUCAGACUGUCGCCAUUGUAGGUGCCGGUGGUGGUCUCGGUUCGCUCGCACAACAAUACGCCCGCGCUAUGGGCCUGAGGACUAUUGCCAUCGACAGUGGUGAUGAGAAGAGGAAGAUGUGCUUGGAGCAGCUCGGCUCCUACGCAUUCGUCGACUUCGCCAAGAGCCAGAACGUCGUCAAGGAUGUGCAGGCUGCUACCGAAGACGGUCUUGGCCCACACGCCGUCAUCCUUGUCGCAGUAAACGAGAAGCCAUUCCAGCAAGCCGCCGAGUACGUCCGACCUCGUGGUACAGUCAUCUGCAUUGGUCUACCAGCCGGUGCUUAUCUGCGCGCACCCGUGUUCGAGUCUGUCAUCAAGAUGGUCACCAUCAAGGGCUCCUAUGUCGGUAACCGCAAGGACAGCUCAGAGGCCAUCGAAUUCUUCCGCCGCGGCGUCAUCAAGGCACCAUUCAAGAUUGUUGGUAUGUCCGAGCUCCAGAAGGUGUACGAUCUUAUGCACGCGGGUCAGAUCGCAGGCCGAUAUGUCUUGGACACUUCGAAGUAG